GCAGAGUCCCGCCACUUGCCUGCUGUGUGACGCUGGGCCAAGGAAACCAAAGGACCUUCGACUCCUCCUUGGUGCACCACCCGCUCCGAAACCAUCCCCGCCAUGGGCCCCAGGAGAUCGCCGUCGAAAGGGCUUCUGAUGCUCCUUCUGACCUCAAAUCUCCUCCUGGCAAAGAGUGUGGCCUCUCUGCCCAUCUGCCCCAGCGGGGCAACCAACUGCCAGGUGUCACUCAGUGACCUCUUCGAGCGAGCGGUCGUGCUCUCCCACUACAUUCACUCCCUCUCUUCAGAAAUGUUCACCGAGUUCGAUGAACACUACGCCCAGGGCCACGGGUUCAUGACUAAGGCCAUCAACAGUUGCCAUACCGCCUCCCUGGCUACCCCGCAGGACAAGGAGGAAGCCCAGAAGAUUCACCACGAGGACCUCCUGAACUUGGUGCUGAGUAUCCUGCGCUCCUGGAACGAGCCCCUCUACCACCUGGUCGCUGAAGUGCGGGCGAUGGAAGAGGUCCCCGACGCCCUCGUCCUGAAAGCGAUGGAGAUCGAGGAGCAGAACCGCAGUCUUCUGGAGGGCAUGGAGAAGAUCGUGGGCCAGGUCCGUCCGGGAGAAACGGGCAGCGAAGUCUUCUCGACCUGGUCCGGGCUGCCCGCCCUGCAGAAAGCCGACGAGAACAGCCGCCUCUUCACCUUCUACAACCUCCUGCACUGUCUGCGGAGGGAUUCCCACAAGAUCGACAGCUACCUGAAACUCCUGAAAUGCCGCCUCAUCCACAACAGCAACUGCUGAGCAUUGCGGGUUCUGCCCCGGCCCCCCAAUCCCCACCCCGACUUUCCCCUCAGACCGGGGGCCCGCCUCGGGUGCUGGUGCUCGCCCAAAGCCCAUCCUCUGCUCCCCGCCACCCAGUCUGCCCCUUCCCACCCCUAAUCGCCAUUCAGCAAUAGCGAGAUUUCCUCAGAGCCCCCCAUUCCUGGCCGGAUUCACGUCCGCUGGGGACCGAGGGACGCAGACAAACCUCACAGGUGAAGGGAUUAAAGUUUGCUGGAAAAUACCUCA